AUACUUGAUACGCUGGCGCGGGUUGAUUGAAAGGUUCUUCUCAUCGGUGCUAGAGAGAAGAUUUGAAGAAUGGGAAAGCAGCCGGUGAAAUUGAAGGCGGUGGUGUAUGCGUUGUCGCCGUUUCAGCAGAAGAUCAUGACUGGUCUAUGGAAGGAUCUGCCGGAGAAGAUCCACCACAAGGUCUCUGAGAAUUGGAUCAGCACUAUUCUCCUCCUCGCUCCCGUCAUCGGAACCUACUCGUAUGCUCAACACUACCAAGAACAAGAGAAGCUGGAGCACAGGUUCUAAGGAUGGAAGUGUUACUGAUUUUUCAAAUGAAUCCAUUUUCUGUCGUAGCCUUUCGUUUUCCAAAAUGCUUCUAAAAGACUGUUUGUUUUAAGCAACACUUUGAAGAAGAAGAAAAGCGGGAAAGUUGCUUCCUUGCGUUUCUGCUUGAUAAAUUUGUUUAUUUAUCACAAUGAUGAUAAUAAUAGAUAUCGUCUAGAUA